GUUCGUGUCCCUUCAGCCUCGGUGUAAACAAUGGCCAGUCAGAAGCUCACUUCUCUAGUCACAUUGCUCUGCCUCAUUUCCCUGUCGCACUGUAGGGACAUUGAAAGAGAAAUGACGGUGGAAGUGAAGGCAGGGACGCAGGAAUGUUUCUACGAGAACGUGAAAGCCGGGGAAACCAUAGAUGUGGAAUACCAGGUCAUUGAUGGAGGGCAAGGAGACCUGGAUAUUAAUUUUAUCAUCUCGUCACCAACGGGAGCUGUUCUUGUUCAAGAUCUUCGGAGAGCUGAUGGAAAUCACAGGACCACAAUGUCUGAAGAAGGGGAUUACCGUAUAUGCUGGGACAACACAUUUUCACAUUUCAACUCAAAAACAGUCUUCUUUGGUGUUGUCAUUGAGAAUGAAAAUGAGGAUGAUGAAGACCUUUGGGAUGAUGGAUUUGACUCCAGUGUCACAGCUGAGGAUAUUUAUGAGAUGAAGGUGGAGGAUAUUAAGGAUGCCAUGGACAGGAUCAGAAACCAUCUCACAAAGUCACGCUUCUUGCAAGACCAACUCCGAGCCUUUGAAGCCCGUGACCGCAACGUAGCAGAAAACAACUAUACCAAAGUUAAUUUUUGGUCCACAGUUAAUAUUGUCAUUAUGCUCUGUACAGGCAUCAUUCAGGUUAUCUUACUUCGAAGUCUUUUUGAUGACAAGUCAAGACUACAUGGCCUAUGGAAGAAGGGGACAGCAUCAACCUUUUCAUAAACCUAUAAAAAAAUUCUCUUAGCCUUUGUCUGAAUUCUGUGUCAUAUCUCUAUCAUGUGUGGUAAUAAUGGAGGUUCUUUACUCUGAUGCAAAACAUUUGUAUCAGUUAUCCAAGUGCUUUACACUCAUUCUUUACACAAGCAAAUAUUUUUAUAUUGUAUCCACUUGUAUUCAAAAUGCUCAGUUUUACAAACUAGUACAGAGACAUCAGUUAGGAAACGUAUAUAUGUUGAUCACUAGCUAAUGUCAAAGAAACUAAUUAAACACAUAUACAAAUUAAACUAAUUUGUUUAUGUGCUUAUAUCUACAUUUCCUUUACUUGAGAUGGAAUGUUACCAACAUGAUCACGUGUAUCUUUCUAGGAAAUGGGACUUUUGGGAUUUUGUUAAAACCUCUCAGUUGUGGCAUUGUGAUUCGCACAAUUUUUUUCUACUUCUUAUUCCCAUUGUAAUUUACAUUUUUUUUUUUUUUUAAUAGAAAUAAGCAAUAAUAUAGUUGUUAAGAUUUUUGUAUAUAUUGUUUUCAGACAUAUGAAGUGUUUUACAGUGUGAAAAGGAAUGAAGGGUAUUAUUAUUCCAUUUUUAUGUACUUUCAUGUUCUCCCUAGUCAUAAAUGCAGUAAUGACUGUGUCUAAUUCAUUGGGCAUGAUGUAAUCUUUGAUAAUUAUCACUAGAAAUGUAGACAGUAUUUCAAGUAAAGAAGAUUUUGUAAAAUACAUGUGCCAUAUUAUUAAUUCAGAUCAGUAGGAAAUAUGAGUGAAGCACACUGAAAAGAUGUUUUGACUGAAACUUUGAGUAAAAAGAACAUAAAAUGCCUUGGAAGAAAUAACAUUUUAGGUCAGUGAUACAUUUUUCUUUCUUUCCUUUUAGUCUUUAUUUUGAAUCCUAUCUUGUUUAAGAAAGAUAGUAAGUUCACUGGAAACCAAAGUAUCUUUUAUCAGUGUCAUUUUCAGGAUUAAAGCUAAGCAGAGAGAAAAUUCUAGGCUAUUUACAGUGAAAUCUAAUUGAUUACUUUUUGUUUUGUUUCAUUUUUAUUUUUGUGAAACCGUAGUCACUCAGCUUAAACUAUAUCACUGAAUUGAUAUUUUGUCGAAAGUGUUUGCAGAGGAAGAUAUAAAAAGUUCCACAGGAUUGAAAAACUAUUAACUUAAUUUGUGAAACAGCUUAGUCCAUUGUAAUUCCUUGUCAAAUUUUUCAGUGUUUGAAAUAAAAUAAUCUUGGUAA